AGUUGUAAGUACUCUUUGCCGGGUGUUUGCUGCCAGAGCGGAGCUGGCUUUCUGUCAGGGAUGUGAUCGAGAAUGGAUUUUUUGAAAAGGGUAGUGCCCUCAGCAGUUUCUGGAGAGGUGGUCUUGGGGGUCGGAGCCACCGUGCGCGAGAGCUCCCCAAGACUCCUAAAGAUGAGACGCGUAAGCCUGCUGUCUUUAGGACAGACCAUAGACGAGGACCAUGAGACGGACUUCCAGAAAGUAAACUACAAAUAUAAAAGACGGCCUCUAGCCUCAGCACCGGGCAGCGGUGUAAACAAGCGUCGCGUCUCGCCCAUCACCAACUCCACCUGGGAGAAGAAGAGCGUGAUCAUGUCAAACAUUACCAUCGACCCGGAUGUCAAGCCUGGCGAGUAUGUCAUCAAGAGCCUCUUCGCAGAAUUUGCUGUGCAAGCAGAAAAGAAGAUUGAAGUUGUGAUGGCCGAAUCAUUGGAGAAACCGUUGUCAAGAUCUCUUCAAAGAGGUGAAGAUCUUCAGUUUGACCAGCUAAUAAGCUCUAUGAGCUCCGUAGCAGAGCACUGUCUCCCCUCCUUACUUCGCACCUUGUUUGACUGGUAUAAACGCCAAAAUGGAACAGAAGACGAAUCCUAUGAAUACAGGCCUCGAUCUAGCACAAAAUCAAAAGCGGAUGAGCAACAACGAGAAAGGGAUUACUUACUUGAAAGAAGAGACCUGGCUGUAGACUUUAUUUUUUGUUUAGUUUUAGUAGAGGUUCUCAAACAGAUUCCUGUUCAUCCAGUUCCAGAUCCCAUUGUACAAGAAGUUCUCAACUUGGCUUUUAAGCACUUUAAACACAAAGAAGGGUAUUCAGGAACCAACACUGGGAACGUGCACAUAAUUGCAGAUUUAUAUGCCGAAGUCAUAGGUGUCCUUGCCCAGUCCAAAUUUCAGGCAGUGAGGAAAAAGUUUGUGACGGAAUUAAAAGAAUUACGCCAGAAGGAGCAAAGCCCUCACGUGGUGCAAAGCAUCAUCAGCUUGAUCAUGGGAAUGAAAUUCUUCCGGGUCAAAAUGUAUCCUGUUGAGGAUUUUGAAGCUUCCUUUCAGUUUAUGCAGGAAUGUGCGCAGUACUUCCUAGAAGUAAAAGACAAAGAUAUAAAACAUGCACUUGCCGGUCUGUUUGUCGAAAUUCUCAUCCCUGUGGCUGCUGCUGUAAAGAAUGAAGUGAAUGUGCCGUGUUUAAAAAACUUUGUGGAGAUGCUCUACCAGACCACGUUUGAGCUGAGCUCGAGGAAGAAGCAUUCCUUGGCUUUAUAUCCACUGAUCACCUGUCUAUUAUGUGUUAGCCAAAAACCCUUUUUCCUAAACAACUGGCACAUUUUCUUACAAAACUGUUUGUCGCAUUUGAAAAACAAGGAUCCAAAAAUGUCCCGAGUUGCACUGGAAUCGCUGUAUAGAUUAUUGUGGGUUUAUGUUGUUCGAUAUAAAUGUGAAAGCAACACUGUAACACAAAGCCGCCUUCUGAGCAUUGUAUCCGCACUUUUUCCCAAAGCCUCUCGCGGUGUAGUGCCCAGAGAUACGCCUCUGAAUAUAUUCGUGAAGAUCAUUCAGUUCAUUGCACAGGAGCGCUUAGACUUUGCAAUGAAAGAAAUAAUAUUUGAUCUUCUCAGUGUUGGGAAAUCUUCAAAAACCUUUACUAUUAAUCCAGAGAGAAUGAAUAUAGGUCUCAGAGUCUUCCUUGUUAUAGCAGACAGCUUACAGCAGAAAGAUGGGGAGCCACCCAUGCCCACCACAGGAGUCGUCCUCCCUUCGGGAAAUACGCUGCGUGUAAAGAAAACAUUUCUUAAUAAAACCCUGACGGAUGAAGAAGCAAAAGUCAUAGGGAUGUCGGUUUACCAUCCGCAAGUGCGCAAAGCAUUAGACAGCAUACUAAGGCAUCUCGACAAAGAAGUUGGCCGGCCCAUGUGCAUGACAAGCGUGCAGAUGUCUAACAAAGAGCCAGAGGACAUGAUCACAGGUGAAAGAAAACCCAAGAUCGACCUGUUCAGAACGUGUAUUGCGGCUAUCCCAAGGCUUAUCCCUGAUGGCAUGAGCAGAGCGGACCUCAUUGAAUUAUUAGCAAGACUAACAAUUCACAUGGAUGAAGAGUUGCGGGGGUUGGCAUUCAACACGUUGCAGGCAUUAAUGCUCGAUUUCCCGGACUGGCGGGAGGAUGUACUUUCCGGGUUCGUUUACUUCAUCGUGCGCGAAGUUACUGAUGUCCACCCGUCUCUGCUGGACAAUGUCGUCAAGAUGCUGGUGCAGCUGAUAAAUCAGUGGAAGCAAGCGGCCCAAAUGCAUAUUAAAAAUGCAGAUGCCCAGCGUGGUGGAAGUAAUGGGGCAGCACAUACGCUUCCUCUGGAAAGAAGUCCGUACUCCAAUGUGUUCCAUGUGGUGGAAGGGUUUGCGUUGGUGAUCCUCUGUAACAGCCGACCGGCCACAAGGAGAUUGGCAGUCAAUGUACUCAGAGAAAUUCGCACUCUGUUUACGGUCCUAGAAAUUCCCAAGGGUGAUGAGGAACUAGCUAUUGAUGUCAUGGAUAGGUUAAGCCCCUCUAUUCUGGAGAGUUUUAUACACCUCACUGGAGCCGAUCAGACUACAUUGCUCUACUGUCCAAGCGCCAUAGACUUGCAGACAUUAGCAGAAUGGAGCUCAUCCCCAAUCAGUCACCAGUUUGACGUGGUCAGUCCAUCAAACAUAUGGAUCUUUGCUCACGUGACACAAGGCCAAGACCCAUGGAUAAUAAGCCUCUCCAGUUUCCUGAAACAGGAGAACCUUCCAAAGUACUGCCCCACCGCUGUAAACUAUGCCUGGAUGUUCUCGUACACGCGCCUGCAGCUUCUUUCUCCGCAAGUUGACAUAAACAGUCCCAUCAAUGCAAAGAAGGUCACUGCAGUCACGGGCAACGAUUCCUACAUUGGGCUCUGGAGAAACUAUUUAAUCCUUUGCUGCAGUGCAGCAACACCCACAGCUUCUUCGGUGUCCACUGGUUCAGUCCGAUGUUCCCCUCCCGAGACGCUGGCGUCUACCCCUGACAGCGGAUAUAGCAUUGAUUCCAAAAUUGUCGGAAAUCCGUCCCCUUCAUCCUUGUUUAAGCACAUAGUACCGAUGAUGCGCUCCGAGAGCAUGGAAAUCACUGAAUCUCUUGUUCUGGGCCUUGGCAGGACCAACCCAGGCGCUUUUAGGGAAUUAAUUGAAGAACUGCACCCUAUAAUUAAGGAAGCACUUGAUAGAAGGCCAGAGAAUAUGAAGCGACGCAGGCGUCGAGAUAUUUUACGAGUACAACUCGUCCGUAUAUUUGAACUGCUGGCAGAUGCUGGAGUCAUUAGUCACAGUGCAAGUGGUGGCCUUGAUAAUGAAGCCCAUUCCCUGAACAAUACUCUGUUAGAGUACGUGGAUUUAACCAGGCAGUUGCUGGAGGCAGAGAACGAGAAGGACUCUGAUACGCUUAAGGAUAUCCGAUGCCAUUUUAGUGCCUUAGUGGCGAAUAUCAUUCAGAAUGUUCCAGUGCACCAGAGACGGAGUAUAUUUCCCCAGCAGAGUCUGCGCCAUAGUCUCUUCAUGCUGUUCAGUCACUGGGCCGGGCCCUUCAGCAUCAUGUUCACUCCCUUGGACAGAUACAGCGAUCGGAACAUGCAGAUAAAUCGGCACCAGUACUGUGCGUUGAAGGCGAUGUCGGCUGUUCUUUGUUGCGGCCCGGUGGCUGAUAACGUUGGUCUUUCAUCUGAUGGCUACUUGUACAAAUGGCUGGAUAAUAUCCUAGAUUCCCAGGACAAAAAGGUGCACCAGUUAGGAUGUGAAGCCGUCAUGCUUUUACUGGAGCUGAACCCCGACCAGAGUAACCUUAUGUACUGGGCAGUGGAUCGGUGCUACACGGGCUCCAAGAGGGUGGCAUCUGGCUGUUUUAAAGCCAUAGCCAGUGUUUUCCAGAACAGGGAUUAUCAGUGUGACACUGUGACCCUUCUUAAUCUGAUCCUGUUCAAGGCAGCAGAUUCUGCGAGGGAUAUCUAUGAGGUUGCUAUGCAAUUACUGCAGAUCUUGGAACCGAAGAUGUUCCGCUAUGCUCACAAACUUGAAGUACACAGAAUGGAUGGCAUCCUGGGCCUCCCCUCGCCCCUGCCACAUCUAUACUCUGUGUCCUAUUACCAGCUGUCGGAGGAACUGGCGAGGACUUACCCGGAGUUAACCCUUGCCAUUUUUUCAGAAAUCAGCCAGAGAAUACAGACGGCGCACCCUGCUGGCCGACAGGUGAUGUUGCACUAUUUACUGCCCUGGAUGAACAACAUAGAAUUGGUGGAUCUGAAGCCUCUGCCCACGGCGCGUAGACAUGAAGAGGAGGUGGAGGACUCGCUCAGAGACAGAGAAAUGAUGGUGAACAGCAGGCGCUGGCUCAGAGGAGAGGGCUGGGGGUCGCCUCAAGCCACAGCUAUGGUUUUAAACAACUUGAUGUAUAUGACUGCCAAGUACGGUGACGAGGUUGCUUGGUCAGAAAUUGAGAACGUGUGGACGACGCUUGCAGAUGGCUGGCCAAAAAACCUGAAAAUCAUUUUGCACUUUCUGAUAAGCAUCUGUGGCGUGAAUAGCGAGCCCAGCCUUCUACCUUAUGUAAAGAAGGUGAUCGUGUAUCUGGGCAGAGAUAAGACCAUGCAGCUCCUUGAAGAGUUGGUUAGCGAGCUGCAGCUUACAGACCAAGUGAGCUCCGGAGUAACUCACAUGGACAAUCCCCCGUACUAUCGCAUCACUUCCAGCUAUAAAAUCCCCUCCGUCACAUCAGGUACCACUUCCAGCAGCAAUACCAUGGUAGCUCCAGCUGAUGGGAAUCAAGAAAACAAGCAUCUGAGAGACGGCAUGGAAGAAAACUAUGUGCAUCUAGAUAUCUACAGCGGUCUGAACAGUAACCUGAAUCGCCAACACCACAGACUGGAGUCCCGCUACAGCAGCAGCUCUGGGGGGUCGUACGAGGAAGAAAAAAGUGAUUCCAUGCCGCUGUUCUCAAACUGGCGUCUCAAGGUGAUGGAGCACAAUGGAGCAGAACCACUACCCUUCCCACCCAGCGGAGGAUGCUGGUCACCACUGGUGGAUUAUCUGCCUGAAACCUCAUCACCUGGCACUUCUCUACACAGGUGUAACAUAGCAGUGAUCCUUCUGACGGAUUUGAUCAUUGAUCACAGUGUGAAAGUUGAAUGGGGGGGCUACCUACACCUCUUACUUCAUGCAAUUUUCAUAGGGUUGGACCACUACCAUGCUGAGGUGUAUGAACACUGUAAACGCCUCCUUCUGCAUUUACUGAUUGUCACAGGCUCCAACAGCAGCGUGCAGACCGUUGCUUCUGUCCUUCUCAGGAACAGAGAAUGUAACGAGCCGAGGGUGCUUACCGUCAAACACAAUUCACAUCUGGACUUCUCCUUCACAGGUAUUAAUGAUUUUAUGCCUGAAUACCAGCCUUCUCCCAUGACGGACUCAGGACUCAGCUCCAGUUCUACCUCUUCUAGCAUUAGCUUAGGGAACACCAGCACAGCUGUCCCUCACCUGCACACCACCAUCCUCAACGAGGUGGACCUCUCCAUAGAGCAAGAUGAGAAAGUGAAGACACUCAUGGAAUUCAUUACUUCAAGAAAAAGAGGACCAUUGUGGAACCAUGAAGAUGUUUCUGCGAAGAACCCCUGUAUUAAAAGUGCUGAACAACUCGCUGCAUUUUUAAAGCAUGUGGUUUCUGUCUUUAAGAACUCUCGAUCAGGGUUCCAGCUGGAGUGCCACCUGAGUGAGGUAGCCCUGCAAACGGCUCUUUCUUGCUCGUCUCGUCACUACGCCGGGAGGUCUUUUCAGAUAUUCCGUGCCCUCAAGCAACCACUUACUGCACAGACCCUCUCAGAUCUGCUUUCCAGACUGGUGGAUACUGUUGGGGAUGCAGGUGAAGAGGCCCAGGGUUUUGUGAUAGAGCUUCUUCUAACACUGGAGUCAGCGAUUGACACGUUGUCUGAGACCAUGAAGCAUUAUGAUCUUCUCUCUGCACUCACUCAAACAUCCUACCAUGACCCAAUAAUGGGCAACAAGCACGCAGCCAACAGGAAGAGCACCGGACAGCUGAACCUAAGCACAAGUCCUUUGAGUAGCGGUAACUUCAUGGGAUGUUACAACAAUGCGAGGAGUAACUCUUUGCGGCUAAGUUUAAUUGUCGACCGGAGAGGUGACAGGCGGCGGAGUAACACACUGGAUAUAAUGGAUGGAAGGAUAAAUCACGGCGGCAGUUUAGCAAGGACUAGAAGCCUCUCCUCCCUCAGAGAGGGAGGAAUGCAGGAUCUGCAGCCAGCUACUGAUCCCACCAACCUCAUGGCUACCAUAUUCUGGAUCGCAGCGUCCUUGCUGGAAUCAGACUACGAGUAUGAGUACCUCCUCGCUCUGAAGCUUUUAAACAAGCUGCUGACGCACAUGCCUCUAGACAAAUCAGACAGCCGGGAGAAGAUCGAGACGGUGCAGGCUAAACUGAAGUGGAAUAAUUUUCCAGGCCUUCAGCAGCUCUUCCUUAAGGGAUUUACCUCGGUGGCUACACAGGAGAUGACCGUUCACCUUCUCAGCAAGCUCAUCACCACAUCGAAGCAUAAGUUAGUGGAUCCACCCCUUAUAGCCGGGCUUCCUCUCAACAUUCUGUGCUUGUUGCCUCAUCUAAUUCAGCAUUUUGAUAACCCAACGCAAUUCUGUAAAGAAACUGCAGACAGGAUAGCCAAAGUAUGUGCCGAGGAGAAAUCAUCUACUCUUGCAAAUUUGGCUCAUAUGAUGAGUUUAUACAGCACACACAGCUACUCCAGGGACUGCAGCAACUGGAUCAACGUGGUGUGCCGAUAUCUGCACGACGCCUUUUCCGACAUAACCUUCAACCUUGUGACUUAUCUCGCCGAGCUUCUUGAGAAAGGCCUGGCCAGCAUGCAGCAGUCUCUACUGCAGAUCAUCUAUAGCCUUCUCAGUCACAUCGAUCUCUCCGCUGCUCCCGUAAAGCAGUUCAACCUUGAGAUCAUAAAGAUUAUCGGGAAAUAUGUACAGACCGCAUACUGGAAAGAAGCCCUUAACAUCCUCAAGCUUGUGGUGUCUCGAUCGGCUAGCCUCGUUGUGCCUAAUGAUGCCCCAAAGUCCUAUGGAGGAGGUGGAGGAGGAGAUAUGGGUUCUCCUGAAAUCUCAUUUGCAAAAAUCUUCAAUUGCGCCUCCAAAGAGCUCCCAGGGAAAACCUUAGAUUUCCAUUUCGACAUAACAGAGACGCCGAUAAUAGGGCAGAAGUAUGGUGACCAGCACAGUGCCGCGGGACGCAACGGCAAGCCAAAGGUUAUUGCGGUGACCCGGAGCACAUCAUCCACCUCCUCCGGCUCCAACUCUAAUGCUCUAGUACCCGUCAGCUGGAAGCGGCCUCAGCUGUCUCAGAGGAGAACAAGGGAGAAGCUAAGGAAUGUUCUUUUACUCUGUGGCUCGGAUUCCGGUCUCCCCAAAAAUCCAUCCGUGGUAUUCUCAUCCAAUGAAGAGUUGGAAGCUGGAGACCAGCAGACUAGUCUUAUUUCGAGCACAGAGGAGGCCAUUCAGGAGGAGGACGUAGCCGUGGAGGACACGGGCAGCGAACAGCAGUUUGGAGUUUUCAAGGACUUUGACUUUUUAGAUGUGGAGUUGGAAGAUGCUGAGGGUGAGAGUAUGGACAACUUCAACUGGGGUGUCCGCAGACGCUCGCUGGACAGCAUUGACAAAGGUGAUACCCCAUCUCUCCAGGAAUGCCAAUACUCGGGAAGCACACCGAGCCUGAACUUAACUAAUCAAGAAGACACCGACGAGUCGUCUGAGGAAGAAGCACUGACUGCAAGUCAGAUAUUAUCCCAUUCACAUAUGCUUCACAAUGACUCUGCAGUAGAAGACGGCGUGCCGGACGCUGUGGAUUCCAUCCUUCAUUCUCAAGACUCCGUUAGUAAUGCAAUAACGGAAGAAGUGCUACCAACCAGAGCUGAGUCCCCGAGUCUGGAGGUGACCCCUCCAGACGACGCUAACAGUCAGCUGGCUGAGGACAGCCAUAACGCCGGAAGAGAUGAGCAGCUGAGCACCGCAAGCGAGGAUACCGGCUCUUAUGUUACACAGGAGCCACAUGAAUCGCUGGUCUGUCACGAGCCAUUGGAAGUGGAGGAGCAGUGCGAUAUUCAGGACCCUCCGCCACCUGAAAGCCCCCCUGAUUCUGUGUGCGAAGAUGAUGUCACACUUGCCUUGAAGGAACUGGAUGAGAGAUGUGAGGAGGAAGAAGCCGAUUUCUCUGAUCUGUCCAGCCAAGAUGAGGCAGAACAAGACUGCUUUGCAGAGGUUCAGUCGUCUCCACCGCCGUCCCCGUUUCUGUCUGCCAUUUUGGCUGCUUUCCAACCAGUGGCUUAUGAAGAUGAGGAGGAAGCAUGGCGCUGCCACGUCAACCAGAUGCUAUCCGAAACUGAUGGGUCCUGUGCGGUCCAAACCUUUCAUGUGUUCUCUAGGCUGUUUCAGAACAUUCAAAGCAAGUUUGUGGCUAUUACGAAUGAUUCCGUUGGCUUCCUUGGACAAAAUCUGCAAAGAAUCGGCACAAAGUUUAAAAGCUCCUUAGAGGUGAUGAUGGCGUCUUCCGAAUGCCCGACAGUCUUUGUGGAUGCAGAAACGCUGAUGUCUUGUGGCUUGCUAGAGACGUUGAAGUUCAGCGUGCUGGAGUUGCAGGAACACUUGGAUACCUAUAAUGCAAAGCGGGAGGCAGCAGAACAGUGGUUAGACAACUGCAAACGGACGUUUUGUUCAGGGGGCGAUGGCCAUGCAUCUAAUACAGAAGCUCAGCAAAUGGAAUUUCUAGCAGAGCUCGAGCUCUGCCGACGGCUCUACAAGCUGCAUUUCCAGCUCCUGCUCCUCUUCCAGGCCUACUGCAAACUCAUCAGUCAGGUGGACACCAUCAAGAAGGAGGCAGAGGUAAUAAACAUGUCGGAGGAGCUUUCCCAGCUGGAGGCUUGCCUGAAAGAAGCAGAUGCGUCUUCUGACGUUCUCGUUGAAGAGUGUGACUUCUCAGAGUUCUGCCAAGCAACUACCGAGGCAGCUGUCCAUUCGGUCAUUGAAAGCUUAAGAGCAAAAGAACUUGUAUCCGCCAUAACCCAGGUCAAAGCUUUUAGGUCUCUCUGGCCCAAUGAUAUAUUUGGCAGCUCAAAAGAUGAUCCAAUCCAAACUCUGUUGCAUAUAUAUUUCCGCCAUCAAACACUCGGCCAGACUGGCAGCUUUGCCAUCAUUGGGUCCAAGCAGGACAUGUCAAAAGCGAGCUCCAAGCUAAUGGAACUGAACCUAGAGAUCAGAACGUCUCUGCGCGUGGUGCAGUCCUACCAGCUUUUGUCUAAAGCCAAACCUGUUAGCAGUACAUUGAGUACUGAGUUCUGAGCACUGGCUAUGGAGCUGGCCUCAAAGUGAAUGCACUGGAUGUGUGAUAACCGUGUCAAGCACCUUUCAUUGAUUACUGUAUAUUAACAUGCUUUUCUGACGGGACUGAACUCCAGCAAGAGGAGCAAUCGCAAAGCAGACGUGCAUCAGACCUGGAGAAGACAGGCCGCUUGUUCCACGCAAUGUAUGUGAGCGUAUAGACUUUUUCUUUUCUGCUUUUUGUUACGUACCAACCCUAUAGAAGCAAAAGGGCUACAACGACAUGAAAAAAGGAGCAGUUGCAAUAUGGCCUCUCCGCUGUGGUGGCGUGGAGAAACGGUGGUGGCCUUUAUGACCUGGUCACAGAGAAGUCGAAGUACCAAACAUACCAAAACUAUGAAAUUGUCCGACGAGACAUUGGCAGAAGAUAACACCUAACGUCUGUGGGAUACAAUGGAACUCUUUAUUCUUUUGUUAGUGUUUUUUAUUUUAUGUUCGUGUUUCUUGUCCAAGCAGAUCAGCGACAAAUGGAGUGUGCGGCCCUGCGAGCGCUGCAUUGUUUAUCUAAGGAUGAAUGUAUAUAUUGUCUCCGAGCAUGCUUCAAAGAGAGUACCGCAACAUUAUUUUUGGAUAAAUUUUUAUUUUAUUAGAUCUAACACCUCAUAGCGUGUAAAUGUUAGGACAUUUAUUUUAAGCUGGGCUUUCACCAGUGUUUCUAAAAAAAGAAAUAAUAUAUCUUAACUUUAUUAGAAUGCUGCUCAGUUCUCUGACCAGUGCUUAUGGUAUAAAUAUUGAUAACUAACCAAAAAGUAACUGCCUGCAGAGACUUUAAAUGUAUAUUUAGUUAAAUGCUGCCCACCAGCGAUUCUUAUUAGAAGACCAGAUAAUAACUUAUUUUAUUCUGUAUAUAUUCUAGAUUCUCUGUACGUUGUAAAUCCAGUAUUUCCUUGUAAAUGUUAUAGGACGAUAGCUGUAUAAAGGAUACGUGGACACAGGGUGUGAAGCCCUUUGUCACGGAUGGGUCAGGCAGGGGCAGACAUGGUGCGGUGAAUACAUGUUGUUAGGAGUACUAUACGAGGCCCAGGUAAAAGAAGUUAUUCAUGCAUCUUUUGUUAUUUCUUAACUUAUAUUAACCCUUUUUAGUGUUAGAGGGGUUUUGAACACCCCUCGGAUGCUGAAAAGCUUGAAAAAAAUAGGACAAGCUACCAAAAUAAUUUACAGUCUCUGCAAUAUAAGCUCAUUGUAAGACUGGAGUUCUGUAGCACAAAUAAACAGGUUUCUGUAUACACCAACUGCGUUUUCUUUUGUAAAAUAAAUGGAUGUAGCUUA